GAAACGACAUCGUUAAAGAAAAAUUGGUAGAACCCAAUGAACUACUAGUAUUAGGGUUUAGCAGAAGAGAGAGAUAGAGAGAGAAUGGCCGGCAAGGGAAGGAAAAGGAGAGAGAAGAACUACAGGGCUGCUCAUGGUGGCUCCACCGCCCUUCCUCCACCGCCUAAAUCUUCUCAACUCGAUGCUUUGCCCUUCAAACUUCGCCAAAUCAUCUCUUUCACUAAACACCAAAAUGAUUCUCCUGUCUUAUCGAAAGACAAGAAAUUAGAUCAAGGACAUGCUCAAAAUGAGGAUACUAGUGAACCAUUGAAGGCACCUGAAUGUAGGGAUGAACAGCUUAAUGCAAACGACGAUAAUAAGAAUAAGAAAAAAAGGAAGAGGAAAGAGGUUAAAGAUCUCAGGUUUGCAAUGGAAGAGGAUAAAACAAACUCCCAGCUAAAAAAAAAGGAGCGUAAAAAGAAGUAUGAAGCAAAAAAGAAAAAACACAAGAAGGUCGAAGAAGAUGAAAUUUUGGACUUCCCUGGACAAGAAAAAAUAAAAUUUGGAGAUAUUGUACAAGCCCCACCAAAGUUAUCUUACAUUCCAAAAGCAUUCAAGAUUUCACAGGAUGCUUCUCAUGAGAGACUUAGGCUCCGAGCUAUAGAGAAUUAUAGGAGUCGCAAAGGAUGGACAUCAAGGCCAGGAAAUCACCGCCCACCUCCGGUGACUACAGAGGACCCUUAAGUCAUUUGCAGCAUGUUCUUAAGGAUCCUCUGCUUACCUGAGUAAGUCUUGUGAAACUUGCAUAGUCAGUAGAUGCAUUGCAGGAACAAUUAUGAAGAGUUCAAAUCGGUUGUUUCAUAUUUUCCCCCUCGGAGGUGGAUUUUUCUUCAUUCAGAAGCAACCUAAAGGUUCUUAUACGAAGUAUUAUCCAUUUAAAGCCAAUAGCUGAGCUACUAGGAUGUCUAACUUGUGCUAAAAUAUAGAGAAAAAUAUUGACUCAAUUAAAUUCCUAUUUGUAUUUUUGUGGUUCUAAAAUAUUCAUUAACCUAUGUUUUCCUUGGUCUGCUUUUUAAAUUGUAUUUGGAAAUAGACUCAAGAAAUCUGAAGUAAAAAAUAUGAUAUGUCAAAUUAAAUUGACUACUAAAACUUAAAUAAGAAAGUGCAUUCAUAA